AUGGUUGAAGAUUCAAAAGGCAGAUUUAACCUCCUCGGCCAUCUAUCUCUCUAUCUCUCUAUCUAUCCAUCUAUCUAUGUUCAUUUUCUAUCACCGAUUGUUAUCUGUGUUCAUAGCGUCAUUCUCUUUGAUUUCCAAUCGUGUCUCUGUCUAUUGUUGCUUGGCAACCCAUUUAGGAGAAGGAAAACCUCCGAACAACAACCCGCAACUCAAGGUGUUAAUCAAACCAAUUAUUCUCAACAAUGGUGUUGUUUUCUACGGCUCUUGUCGCAACAAUGUUUUUAUUUCCUCUCUGACUCACGCAAGCCGAGAUUUUUCUCUCUAUCUCUUUCUAUGGGCGUUUCCUUCUUCUUGCUUCUUUUUUUUUUUUGUCAUUCCUUCUCGUUUGGAUUCUUAGGUUCUUCUCAUCGAUGUCUGUUCCCCCCCUCUUUCUCUUCUUGGAAUUCUUCUACACUUCUUCUUCGACUUCUUCUUCUUUACAUUAUCAUCAUCAUCAUUGUCAUCAUCAUAACCGCAACAAAAACUAUCAUGAUCAUCGUCAUAUUAUUGUUAUUGUUAUUAUUAUUAUUUCAUCAACACCAUCGUCUUCUUCACUAUCUUCUUCUUCUUCUUUCACAUCAUAACACAUUUUUCUCUUUCAUCGCGUUAUCGCCCUCUUCUUCUUUUCCACCAUCUUCCCUGUCAUCAUCUUUUUCUUCACAACGACCUUCUUCUACUUCUAUAAUCAACUUUUUCUUCAUCAAUUUUUAUUUCUCUCUCCCCUUCUCUCUUUCUCUCUCUCUCCCUCUCUCUCUCUCUCUCCCUCUCUCCCCCCAUAGUGAAACACUGGAUCAUUUUCUGCAUUUGGGAUUGGCACAGCCUAUCAAAGCCUUCAUUAUCUCACUCCUUCUACUCGCACAUACACUUGAUCUCUUUCUUCAUUUGCUAUCGGCACAGACUAUUAAAGUGAUUUUCCUGAUGGAAGACUCUCAUAUCUAUCUAUAUCUAUCUAUCUAUCUAUCUAUCUAUCUAUCUAUCUAUCUAUCUAUCUAUCUAUCAAAUUAG